AAUCAAACCCAUGGCCUUUUGCACUGCUAAUGCAAUGCUCUACCACUGAGCCACAGGAACAUACACUCAUUAAAUAGAUGUCCUGUUAUCUCUCAGCUCAUCAAAAACUCAAGCAUAUUGAUUAAACAUUCUAUAGUAGAGUACAGAAAACAAAGCAAAUAAUAAUAAGAUUUCAUAUAGUAAUAAAAGUUCCUCCAAAUUAUGAAAGCAAAUUAUGAAAGUCUCCCAGACGCAGGGUGGCGGUAAUGUAGAACAGCGUCUGAUUCACGUUCAGAGAAUCGGUUCAUUUCAUUGAACAGGUUCACAGAAGCCCCGCGUGAAAUUUAAAGUCUUAUUUUUGCACUGAACAAAUAAGUAGUUAAAUACCACUGUUUAUCACCAUAUUUCCGAAUACGUCUGAUUGAAAAUGAAAAGUGUUUUCGCUAAGAGUCGAGUGAUUCAAUCGAAUCGGUUCAGCUGAAUCAUCAAUACGAUUCUCAUUCGCGAAUCACUAGUGCAGGAAGGUGAGAGUUAAAGUUGUUUGACUUGCACAUGCAGCUCUGAUGUAAACGAAUAUUAUGUUUAAAGCUCUUUUUAAAGCGUGGAAAUCCUACAGGCACAGAUUUGUCCCCUGGAUAGCGUUAAAUCUGCAGAAAAAUGAGAGAACUCUUCGUCAGGUGAAGGAUCCAUCGCAAGAUAAGCUAGUUGAGGAUGAGGAGGUGUUCGGAUCUCUCGUGUGUUUAUUCACUGAACUCCUGAAAAACGAUGUGAAGAAUCAAAGCGCGCUGCUCCGGUUCCUCCCUCAGUCGAAACGCGACAAGUACACUAAUGUUCAGAAUGGAGCACGCGAUGCUCCCUGCGCACUGGGGUUGAACGCUCUGGGCUUCCGGAUCGAGCGGAAGCGCAGCUCUCUGCAGUUGGCGGGAACCGGCGUGUUUGUUACGCAGGGACACGCGCCGAAAGGAAGUAUUGUAGCGAUGUAUCCAGGAACCAUCUAUCAGGCGGAUGAGCCCAUCUUCUUCCAGUCGAUCAGAAAUCCGUUUGUAUUCCGAUGCAUCGACGGCGUUUUGAUCGAUGGCAACGACAGAGCGAUCUCUAAGAUAGUGUACCGAUCGUGUAGCGGACGGGACCGAUUUGGCCCCUUCUGUCUGGGUGACUGCUCCUGGCUGACCUCUGACCCCGUGAACCCUCUCGCCGUGGGACAGUAUGUCAACAACUGCUCUAAUGAAAAAGCUGCAAAUGUCUGCUAUCAGGAGUAUGACGUGCCUGAAGGGUUUCCUCUUGAGCUCCGUCAGUACCUGCCCAAUGUAAACUACAGAGCUGACACUCAAAGACCUUUGCGCUGUGUAGUUCUUGUGUCACUGAGAGAUAUUAAUUGUGGUGAAGAGCUCUUCUCCAACUACUACACAAUUGUGCAUUAAAUAGAUUUUAUAAAAAAACAAAAAAAACAG